ACCAUGCGGGGAAGAAGACUAAAAGACAACAAACUGAAAACGUCGUAGAAGUAAUGUUGUUUUCAAAAUGGCCGAAAUGUGUUGGAAUUCGUGAGGCAAGUCAUCGCUCAAGUGAAUUAAAAUGUGAAUCACUUGUGACGUACCUAAAAAAAAUUGGAAGCAGGAGAUGUUCAGCUACAGAGACCCAACAGGUUGCUAUGGAGAUCAUAAUGUUGACUCAUACCCUCAAAAUGUUGAUGAAACUGAAAAAAUGUCCUCAACAUCUGCACCGGGCCUGUCUUCAUGGAACAUGCACCCAUCAGGCUCUACAACCCAUGGCUCACCACACGGGGUCCACCCAGGUCAGACCCAGCCAGCACAUGCAUCCCACUCUUCGGCAACCACUCACUAUCACGGAACUUCAUUUCAUCACCAUACAGGAAAUGCUGGAAUGGAUUCCUAUGCAUAUUCCAUACCACAGGUGCCUCAAAAGGACUCUGAACCGAUAACGAGCAAGGAUUUGAUGAGGUCAUCAUCGCCUCCACCAACACGUAGCGCCGCUGUAGCUGCUGCCGCAGCUGCAGGUGCUUGGCAGAACAAUCGAUCCCGUACAAGAUAUCCAGCUGCUGUUACAAAUGGUGCAUUUGUGCCCUAUCCGACUCCUUACUUUGAUUUGGAAGGAAACAGCCACAGUAUGGUCCAUGGUACACAUGGGAGCCAUAGUUCCCACGGUCAUUCAAUACCCAGAAAGCAGUCAUGGUCAAGUGAAGGGCCGUAUACAAAUGUACCUAGUGGUCAGUUCCAGAGAGAUGCCCCUUCAAUGAUGUACAGUGAUAAUGUCAGGGGAAACGUUUCAAGUAGCAUCAUUAGGCAUACAAGUGUUGCAGGAAUGGAAGCAAGAAAUUCAACUUCUCACCAGCAUCAAGUAGUUCAUCAACAUGUUCACCAGCAACAGUCAUCUCUUCUGCAACACCAACACCAACAUUCUCAUCAGCUGCUGUGCCAAUUAGUUCAGAAAGAACGUGAUGCACAUCGAUUACCUGGCUACCAAGAUACUAGACAUCCUGGUGUUCGAAACCAUAUACCAGGAUACCAUGAAGCAAUUUUUCCACAACACCAGCAUCCUCAAUUCUGCAAUUCACAAGAAAUGUUGCGGAAGGGACCUAUGCCAGCGUCUAUGGAGGGAGACCGUCGAAGUGCUUUCACAGCAAGACAAGCCCCUUCAUACAAUCACAGCAACUGGAACAAAAAUGCAGGUCCAUUCCUACCAUUUCCACCUCAUCAGAUGCUACCCUCACACAGGAGUGCUGCUUCUGCCUUUCAGCCUUGCAACAAAGCUGGGGAACCCGAAAUGUACCCUGAUGGUAUCAUGUGGUCUAAAUCAGGACAAAUGGAUCAUGGAAGCCACAUUCAAAUGUCUGGACAUACAUGGAUGCCUAAUCCUCAAUCGCAAAUGUUCUUGCCAAGGCAAAUGAACAAGCAAAGUCAUAUCACAAGUAAUACAAACAUGUUGGGCCUUGACCCAUGUCAUUUGGGUCCCCACGCUAUGAUGCAAGGGCCUGGAGUCAGACAAACUGGUACUGGAGGCCCCAUACCAAAAGGAAAUGCCAUGCCUGUUGCAUAUCAUCAACAGCAACAACUUGAUAUGCACAACUCUCAUUUAAGAACUCAAAUGAUGAAUCCACAGCAUUCAGCUCCUCAUCAGUCCAUGCAACAGCCUCAGAUGAUGUCGAGCCCAAUGUCAAGCUCGCAACACAGCCCUAUCGUCUCUAGCCCUCAUAACAGUAUUCACAGUCCCCAUUUAGUGAAUCCUUGUUCUCAACAGCAGCAACAGCAGUCUCAGCAGCCAGAAUCUUUGCUUGUUUCUGAUGACGAGAACAGAAAAGAAAGCGGUGCGUCUAGUCAAUCUCUUCGUAAUUGUCUUGAUGUCCGGCAGUUUUUUUCUCAUUGGAAUGAAGAUGCUGAUGUUGGUACACCAAGACCUUGCGUGGAUGAAGGAGAAACAACUGAAAAUUUGGAGCAGCCUCUUGAUAUGACAGAAGAAGGGGCUUUAGUAGUACUUGAUUGCCGGUCACUCCCAAGGGAAGAGGCUGCCAACUUGCUCACCAUGUACCCAGGCAUCAAUCUUAACCAAGUCUCUGGAGCUGAGGGGCUUCUUUCAUGUACAGAGGAUGGAAUGUUCAACACGUCUUCUGACACAGCUCAGGGUGUCCUUCAAAACCUUCUGGACAGUGCCUGUGGUACAAGUUCAGGUAGCAAUUCCACUACUGUGUCCUCACCUGUUGUCAGUCCAACUGGUCAGAGUGGUGCUCGCAGCUUGGACAUGCUUCUAAAUGCAGCUCUUCCUACACCACCUGCUUCACAAGAACAUAACUUGGUGCAAACCAACUUGCCUCUUAGCACACCUGUACCUGGAACUGCAGUUGGUUUGAGUAGUCCUUUAUCAACGCAAAUGGAUGAUACCAUCAGACCAUCACUCAUGGAUGCCUCAGGAUUUGGAAUGCUCUCUCCCACCUCUCCUGCUGUUUCUCUCAAGUUUGCAAGCACAACUGUGAACACUCCCUUUGUGAAAUUUCCACCAACUGAUGACCCUCCUUCAGUUAUCCAAACAAAUAAGGAACAUCCUGGCUUUAGUUCAACACAGCAAUAUUUGAAUGAUAAGGGGGAGGCUGAUACCGUACCAGCUUCAACAGAAGAUGCAAUGAAAAGAAGUAUGCCUCUCUUAUUUGACGAGCCAGAAACCCCUUGCCCUGAUGUCACCAGAAUUCCAUUAAAUUCUCAGCCAAAGAUUGCUCCAUCCCCUGCUUUAUCUGAUGCAAGCACUGAAAGUAAAAGAAAAGCAUCACUUAGAGCAUUUCGUAAACGUAAGCUUAACAGUCCAGAUCAGGAUAUUCAAGACAGUUUUGAUUCCCAUUCACAAGAUGCGACAAAUAUGAAUCCCAAAAACUCAUCUUCAUGUUCAACAUUAGAAAGUGACCAAGCAGUAGAACGCUCAAAAUGGGCAUUUGCUCAAAUCAGUGAGAAUGCAAAGAAUUCCUGUUCUAAUAAUUCAAGUACCAUGAAAUCUCCUCAUGAUUGGGAACCAAGAAACUUUUCAAGUUUUGAAACUGUCAAAGAAUUGCCUGCUAGUCAGAGAAAGGUGGAUAAAAGCACAACCUCUGUUAAAUGCAGCUUUGAGAGUCAAAAGUCUGACAGCACAAAAUUUGACAAGAGCACAUCACCAACUGUUUUCCUAACCCACAGGGAUACUCAAACUGAGGAAACUCGUGGUCGAAGGAAGAUAGAUCCAUCUAUAUUUAAUGAUACUUUUGUGCAGACAUCAGUGCGCUGUAUUCAAGAUGAGAUUCAAAAUGAAACUUAUGUACAGACAUCUGUUCAAUGUCUUCAAGAUGAAAUUCAUAAGAGUUCUGUUGAUGAAUCUUUGUGCAAGGAGCUUGACGAGAGACUGCCUUUCAAACAGACUGAAUCAUCCUGCAUUGAAAAUUCAAGUGUACAAACUGAAAUUGAUGCUGAUUUCCUCAUAGGACCAAUUCUUCCAAACACUGAUAUCAAAGAACAAAAUGUAAACUCCUCCUUGAUCAGUAAUUCUGUGGCUGAAACUAAUGAAGAAACUAGUACAAAGGUUGUUAUAUGUAAUCAAACUUCUGAUAUUUCCUGUACAUCUAGCCAAAUUAGUGCUGCUAAUGUUCUCAGGAGUUCUUCUCAGGAUAUUGCAAUUGACAAUGAAAACAGUAAAAUAGAAACUGUAAAUUUUAGAACUAGAAACAACAGCUCUGAUGUAGCAUUGCAGGUUAACUCAACAGAAACAGAUUAUGCUGACAAAAUAUCUAAAACCGUAGCUGAAAAUGAACUACCUUUUGAUGCUGCAGUGAAAGUGGUUCAGCCUUGCUCAAAUGUUGAGGAUUCCAGCAAAGUACCAUCCAGCAAGGAGGAACUGUUAUCUCCAAAGAAAAGUGUAGAAAGAAAUAGAAGUGUUGGAACAGGAACUGAGGACCAAUAUUUAUCUAGAAUUGUGGACACAUCACCAGGAAAUAUCCCAAAGAUCCUCCUCUCUCGGCUCAGGGAAAAAUCAUCCAAGAAGAAUGGAGUUAUCAAAAGGCUACCAAGCAUUCGUCUAACCAGGGUAUGCUCACCAAUGAGCUCAAGUUGGUCUGAUUCUGAGUACAUUUGUUCUGUCUCAGAUUCAGAAGUUGGAACACCAACUGAAGUAAACACAAGUACAAUGGAUUCUACCUUGUCAGACUAUGCUAGCAAUGAUACCUUGGAUUCACAUCUACCAUCACGCAAGAAAAUGCAUAGCAAACAUCGUCAUAUGAAAGGUCAGAAGACAUUGGAAGAUUCUCUACCCAAGGAGGACAAUUGUAAUGCAAGUAUUCAGUGCUCAGACGAAAACUUUUCUCACAAAGAUGUAUCUGUAAACACCAGCUGUCAAACUCAUCAGUACUCCAGUCAAUCUGAGACAUCAAAUGAAUGCGGAAAAAUCUCUGAAAAGGUUCAAAGUCCUGACAAUGUUAACAUCAAUUAUUCUGAAGGGAUAAACUCAAGGCUAGAACCUGAAAGUUCAGAAAAUUGUUUAGUGCCAGUUCUUGCUGGUGAUGAAGGUAACGUAGCAGAGAGAGAAGAGACAUAUCCAGAAAGUGAUCAACAAAAUGUGCUAGAAGACAAAAAUCAAACACCUAAUGAGAGUGUUCAAACACUAGAUGAGCCUGUGCAAGAGUUGGGUGAAAGUGAGCAAGAUCUCACAGAAAAUGUUUUAACAGUGUCUAGGAAAGAUGUAUCCUUCCCAGAAACCAAACUUCUGUUAGAAAAAGACCAUCAAUCUGAUGAUCAAAAAGUGCACUGUCUACCUGAUGAAAGUGAACAUGAGAAAGUGGAUGAAUCACAACAGGUAGAUUUUUGUAAGGAUUUUGACAUCUCUGAACCUAUACCAGAUUCAUUCACUAAUGAUAAUGUGAAUACAUUGCCGACUGCUGAUCACAAUGGGUUGAAUAACGCUCUUGCAUCUGCAGAGGAGGAAAAGACAUAUCAGGAUUUGCCAGUGUUAAACUCUGAUGAAAAGGCUCAAAAUCUAAAUUCUUUGGAUACUUUAACAUCUAUUAGUGAUAGUGAAGUUGUAGCUUGUAAGAUUAAAGAAGUGGAUAUUGGUACAACUUCAAAUGUGGAACCAUUCCGUGAUAACAUGGGAACUUUAGAAAAUGUCAGUGUGGAACCUAAAAACAAUAUGCCAGUAGCUCUCUCUACAGCGUCUGAGGAUACUUCAGCCACCCAAGAAAGUGCUACUUCUACAUGUGAAAAAAGUGAGCUAGAUGGAAACUUAUCUAAUGUUACAGAUGUAUUGAAAGAACCUCUACAAAACCCUGAGGAAAAUGAAAUCAGUACAGAUGCUCACACUGUUACACCAAAAAAUUGGGCUCCUCAAGAAAACACUGUUUGUGCAGAGAGGAUUCUGCCUGACCACAGGCAAUGUCAUGAAAACUUUGACACAGAAUUCCAAUUGGAUCAGGCCAGAGGGCAACAAUUUUCUGUUCAGGAAAAUGAACCAAUUUCAAUACAGAGUGGGUCUGUAGAACAUUCUUCCAUUGUUCAGAAAACCUCCACAUGUGAUGAAAACUAUGUAGAAGACAUCCAUUCUGAAAUAUCUCCAGUCUUAUUUAAGUCUUGUUUAGAGGCAGGUAAGAGUUCACCAACACAACAUAGUUCCCAAAAUACUUCUUCAAAACUUGAGUGUGUGCUAUAUGCCCAUACAUUAAGUGAGCCUGCAGAUACAAACAUGACACUUUCAUCUAUACCUGUAGGUCAGUCUGCAAUCAGUGGAGAAAUAGAAAAGCCUACUGCAGAUGCAAUUAGCAAUUCUUUCAUUGCUCCUCCUCUUGACUUAAGCAGUCAAAAAGAAAAGGUAGAUUUAAAGGAAAAAGAAACGUCUUAUACAGUCAUUAAAGAACUCUCUAAAGAAGGAGGAACGGGAAACUUGAAAAGUUCCUCUCCAAAUUCUCAUGAAAGUAAUGAAAACUUGAUAAAUGAAAUUAACACCGCUGUAAAAGCCAAAGGAGAAACUUUGCUUGCCAAUGAAGAAAACCCUGCAGUGGGCUUAGAUACCCACAGUAUGUCUAGAGAUAACACUUCUAGUUGUGAAUCUGAGGAAGCAGUCAAAUCCACCCAAGAGUCCACAGGUGUAAAUGACAUGUCAUCUAACAGUAAUACAUCUUUAAGGGAAAGUGAAAAUUUAGUGUUGUUAACUGAUACUUUUAACACUUCAAGUUGUGCACAUUCUAACAGUGAUAGAAGUGAAAGUGAGCCCAUUAGGAUGGAUGAGCUUACAACAACAGAGGUUCCCGAAUUUCCUUGUUUCUCUCCAGAUCCUUAUAGAGAGGAUCAGUCUCAAUCUGAUUUGAAAAAUUUGGAACCAUUGCAGAAAGACAAAAGAGAAGUAGUAGAAGAAGUAAAUAUUACUACUGAAAGUGACUUACAAAGAGAGAAAGAAGCAGUAGAAGAAGCAACUAUUACUAUUGAAAGUGAUCUGCAAAGAGAGACGGCUUUACUCAGACAUGAGAGCGAUGAAAUUGUGAUUCAGAAAAAUCCACUUAUAAACUUGCAUUGUGAUGAGUUACCCGAUUCAAUUUCAUCAGAAGAUAUUUCAAAACAUCCAAUAUCUGAAACAGAACUAGUCGAUAAGGAUAAGGAUGGAAAUAAUUCCAAACAUCCACUAUCUGAAACAGAACUAGAUGAAAACAAUGCAAAUGUUUCUAAACAUCCACCAUCUGAAACAGAACUAGAUGAAAACGAUGCAAAUGAUUCUAAACAUCCACCAUCUGAAGCAGAGCUAGACGAAAAUGAUGCAAAUGAUUCUGAACAUCCACCAUCUGAAACUGAACCAGAUGAUAAGGAUGCAAAUGAUUCUAAACAUCCACCAUCUGAAACAGAACUACUCGAUAAAGAUGCAAAUGAUUCUAAACAUCCACUAUCUGAAACAGGACUAGACAACAUGGAUGCUGAUGAGUUAAUAGCACCAGUUUUCAGUGGUCCUAUACGUUCAAAUGACCUAAAUACCUCUGAAGUCGAGUCUCUGCAAGAUAGCACACAUGCUGCAUCUGGUCAAAUACCAGAAAAAUCAUAUGUUUCACUUUUAGAAAUCAAAGAAUCUAUUGCUUGUAAUGAUAUUUCUGAAUCUAAGCAAGUUGGUGUGCAGGUAGAAGACGAAUUUGAAAUAAGUACUGCCGAUAAAGACACGCAGAGCAGUAGUGAUGAUAGUUUCUCGCUUUCUGAUGAAGAAAGAGCGUUCCCUGACCCUCAAGAGCCUAAUUUUGAUGUAACCCAAAUUCCUCUUCCAGAUGAGUGCAUUGCAAUAAAAAACCGCAUUCUCAAGGCUAGAAGCCGAAAAAGACGUUUUGAGCGGAGAGAUGAAAACAUUAGUUCCACUUCUAAGAUAUUCAAUGAUACAGGUUCAUUUUCAAUUGGGGUGCAGUGCUUCAAGCCACAGGAUCCCAAAAAAUUGUUUGGUUUCAAAAGCAAAGCAUCACAAACUCAAAAAAUUAAAAUCAGUUUAUGCCCUCUUGAGCAGACAAGUCAAUCUGAUUCACACGAGAGCCAAACACUAAUGGAAGUUGUUGAAGAGGUUUCGAAAGUUCUGCAUGAAGGUGAAAGUAAUGCUGCUACUUUCCCUACGGACGUUCAGAAAUGUUUGUCAGCAUUAUCAUGUUCACCAAGAAGCCUAAAAGAAAGUGCACACACAUCAAGUAUGAAUCCAGGUAGGGAUGAAUGUAUUUUGUCUAAAACCUACCCUCCAAAAACUGCAGAAUCCCUUGGUAUGAUUGGGGUACAUACAUUCAAUACCUUACUUCCUACUUCUGUUAACAAAGGUCUUUAUAAUAAAGGCCAAUCUAUGGAUGACAAUGAGAGUGUUGAUUGCAAAAAAACUGCUAAAGAUAGCAGUACAUCAAAGGAAUGUGAUAGUCUUGAGAGUGGUUCCAGUGUGUUUGAAAACAUAAAAAUUGCAAAUUCAGUCAAUGUUGACUGUACAAAUGAGUCUGGAGAAUCAUCAUCUGUGCUUCUGAGUUGUUCCUCUGAAGCAAAAAACCCCAAAACAAGUACAGGGGUAGUUAUCUCUGAUUCUUGUGACCGGACAGAGAAUGAUCUCAUUAACAGCUUUGAAGAUAGUCAUGCUUCACCAAGCUGUUCCAAAGAAGUUCUGGCUUGUCCUGACGCUGAAUUAGAUGAUAAAUCAAUAGACAGUGCUCAAGAAAAAUGUAAUCUUCCUGACAAAACUGACCCUCCUUUUUGUUUUUGUGAUAUUUCCAUAGUUAAAAAAUUUAUUGAAAGGGAAAUGUCUGUUUCUGAGCCUUUUGACAGCUCUAUACAUAUGAAGACAUUAUUAAAUAAUAAAGUUCUUCCUCAACCAGAAGAAAUUAGAGAAACUGCCUUGUUUACUGAAGCAAUUGGCGACACUCAUAACUCUAUUUCUGAUACUGCUCAAGAAGUACCAUUAUCACGUGAUAGUGAAGCUACUUCGAAAAGCGAAGAAACUAACAAAUUAGUUGUUACUGAUUCAAGUAAUCCUUCUGACAGCAAUAAUAUGGUAACGUCUGUAUCAGUAAAUGUUACUGAAGAAGAGUUUCAGUACUGUAAUGAGAGUUUAAAGGAUCCAAGCCUCAUAGUAGAACACCCUAUUCCUGAACCUGGGGAGACUGACACCAAAGAAAAUGUUAAAAGCUUCCUGAUAAACAAACAGGAUGAGCAAGAUACAUACAAUCUAUUAAAAACUGAAAACUGCGAGAGUCCCAAGAAAAAUAUUGAGUCUGAAGAAGUGUGUUCAUCUAUUUGCAUUGGUGAGUCUGCCUUUGCUGAAGAAGAUAACCAACUGAAAAAGACUGAAAGUUUGGAUGGAUUUCCCAAUUUAGAGGAAAUUAUUGUUGUUGAAGAAGAAAAGAAAAUUGUUUGUGAUAUUCUAGGAGAAAAUGUGCCAUGUGUACAGGAGGAGAAUAUUUUUUUAAGUAAUAUUUUAGAAGAUCAAGGUUCUACCUUGUGUGAAACCAAAACUGAGACUCCUUUGUGCAGUACUGUUCUAGAUAGUUACCACAGAAGUGAAGGUACCAGCCAUGUACAAACUAUGUCAUCCACUGACACAUUAAAAAGUCUAGCUACUGAAGAAGCUUCAACAACCUGUGACAGUGAGAUAUUACCUAAUGACAAAGAGAUUGACUACAAAACAAGAAUGUGUCGUAACAAAGAGAUAAACAGUAAUUGUACUCGGUCUUUUGGGGAUGUUCACUUGGAGAUUGGUAAAACUAUGUGCAAGUUAUCAUCAGAGUGGCAGUCAAUUGGAUUUGGUGAAGAGGAGGAUAAGAUGAUCACUUCUUCAAAUGUGAAGAAGAGUAAGUCCUUAAAUGUGAGAGAAAGUAGUGCAUCCACCAAACCAAUGAUUUUGCCAGCAAUUCCUCAAAUUGAAAAUUAUCAAGUUGAUGAUGGGGACUCUUCAGCCAAACCAUCAGAUCAAAGCCAGUUGGCUUCUCAAGAUUCCAGUGAAGAUGAGCUCCCCCCAUUGGAUGCCCCAGUACUGGAAGCUGCAAGCAUUGCCACAGACUCUGACUCUGAUCGAGAAAUGCCUUGCCUUCAACCAGAAUCCAACGACCAAAUCUUGGCAAGUCUCUCGAAUCAAACUAUCAUCUCGCCAUUAGUUUCACCAUGCAUAGUAUCAGAAGUAGGAGAUUCGACUGCAGUUCUAGAGGCACGGUCCCCAGAGCCCACCGGCGAGGCCGAGGCGGCGGAGCAGAUCACGGCGCCCGCGAGUAGCUGGAAGGUGAGCCCCAUGUACGUCGGGUUGGCCCCACGCAAGGAAAUGCCAACCAAACGCACCCGCUCGCCAGACGACCUCGGGGACUCCGAUGACUCCCUCUCCGACGCCAGCACCAGCGACAGUGGGAGCAGCAGCAGCAGCCGCAGCAGCCGUAGCAGCCGCAGCAGCCGCUGCAGCCACAGUGAUGCAUCCAGGGACAGCUCUGGGAACAACAUGUCGAGAAGAAAGCCGAGCAAGCGGCGACGACGUGCAAGUGCGAGCAGCAGGUUGUCCAGCAGGCUUUCCAGUAGGCCUUCGAGCAGGAUGUCCAGUAGGCCUUCGAGCAGGCUGUCCAGCAGGCCGUCCAGUAGGCCAUCCAGCGGACCUUCCAGCAGACCCUCCAGCAGACCUUCUAGCAGACCCUCCAGCAGACCCUCUAGCAGACCUUCUAGCAGACCCUCCAGCAGACCCUCUAGCAGACCUUCCAGCAGACCUUCCAGCAGGCCUUCCAGCAGACCUUCCAGCAGGCCUUCCAGCAGACCGUCCAGCAGACCGUCCAGCAGACCGUCCAGCAGACCGUCCAGCAGACCAUCCAGCACACCGUCCAGUAGGCCUUCCAGCUCUGAGAGAGAAAUGUGCUGUUACCCGUCCGAGAUGGCUGACAUGGACAGAGCGCCCCGAGAGGAGAGCCCAGAGGCUGCCGCUGCAGAGGGGAAGCCCAAGGUCGCAGCGGAGGGGGAAGUGCAACUGACUGACGCAGCCACAGUGACAGAGGAGGUGGUCCGUGUCGUGGAGGAGGUGUUGGAGGCCGUGGAGCGGAGGCUCUUUGAUGUGGAAGACGUCCCCGUGGCCAUCGUUGAGUUAGUAGCCGAGGUCGUUGAAGAGGUGGCUCAGAUCGUCGAAGAAAGGGGCGACGUUACUGAAGAGUUGACUGAGUUCGGAGAAGGGGUGGCCGAGGUCGUUGAUGGGGUGCUUGAGGUCGUCGAAGAGGUUGAAGGAGAGUCUGAAGUAAUAGAAAUGCAAGUCGUCCAAGCGGAGUUUCCCUCGAACGAAGAGGAGGCAGGUCAAACUGUCGAUGUGGAACUGGAGGCGAUGGAUUCAAUGGUCGUGGGGGCCGAGUGCGUUGAUCGCAUUGAGAUCUCAGACAUUCGGUCUGUCGCUAACGACCUAAACGAGUGGACUGGCGCCGGUGCUGACGUGGUGCCCGUCCACAUGGAUUCGUUGUACAACUGGCCCUACGUGGAGGAGGUUUUCUCCACAGAGGAAGUCUUGCAGGAAGAGGUGGUCCAGACGGAGCCCAUUCAAGAGUCAGACAUUGAGGAGGGUCAUGGUGUAGCCGCGGAGGGUGACGCGGUGGGUGACGCGCGCCCGCAGCUCAGGUGCAGCCUCAGCUUGGCCCGUAUCCUCAUGGCUGGUGAAAAUCUGGUGCUGGGCCCGGCCAAGGUUGCUGUCCGGUCCACCGAUUGCCCGACCAGGUCGCCGUCGUCGGGGUUUUCAGACGCUUCCUGCCAACGGGGAAGGGCGCGUGGAAGUGGCCCUUGGAAAGUGGUGGAUCGUGACCAGAGCACCGAGUCAGUCCGGAGCGUCCACUCAUGCGCGUCCCUCGAAGAGAACAACAACCACCUCCCCGGCACACCUGGCCCACCCACCAAAAGUCCAGUUCCCGGCCCUAUCAUCAAAGUAAGCAAGCUCAUCCUGAAGAGACCAAGCGAGCACGAGCACUUGACAAAUAGAUCAUCCACGGACGACAGCAUCGUUCCCAAGACGAAAGGUGCUCUCAAGAGUUAUCAUGUUGAUUCCGAGAGGUCGAAGCGCGGGUCGCGGCGCAGCGGCAGCCGCGGCAGCCAUGGCGGCCACGGCAGGCGGCGUUGGUACUCCCAGCUCUCGCCGGCCAGCUCUGCGCGGCCCUGCUCUCCCGGGGCCGGCGUGCACGACUCCGAGGUUCCCAAGGUGAUCAUCAAGCGUCAGUUCGUGCCGCCGGGUCCCAGGCCGGGGGCUGGCGAUGACCCCGGCGGUGGGGCCUGGGCGCGGCGCCGCCUCGCCGCCCCGCAGUCAGCCUCGUGGAGCAUGCAGCCCGUCGUGGUCCUUCAGCGCGACCCCGCCGUGGACGCGUUGGCCAAGCCCGCCCAGCGGGACUUCUCGCGGGACCGGCGGCACGGGCGCGAGCACCGAGACUCGCACCGCCGUCACUCCGGACCCCGCAAGCGGUCCCGGUCUGAGCGCGACAGGGAGCGGGGGCGGGGCCGGGAUCGAGAUCGCAGCCGCGGGCGGAACAGGGAGCGCCCGCACUCGCUGCAGAUCCGGACGGAGGUUACCGAUGGCCUGGAAGAAUCCGGCCCGAUAAAGCGUCGCAAGAAGUGGUCUUCACUCAGUCACGACGUGGACCCGAGCUACCGCGAUAGGCACCGCGCGGAGGACGCGGCGAGCUGCGCCAGCGACACCCUCCACGUCAUGGAGCUGGUGAAGCGCUGGCGGCAGGCUGAGCCCCAGGCCACCCCGUCGGGCCAAGACACGCCCAUGCCGCUCUCGUCUCCGAGCCUGGACACAACCUUGACGACCUUGGAAGGCCUUGGUGGACUCUGCCCGAGCCCCGUGCCGCCGCCCCCUGUGCAACCGGAGCCGCCCGCGGCGUCGACCACUUCGCCCCGGCCGGCCGGCGUGCACCAGUGCGAGGCGUGCCUCGCCGACCUGGGUGAUGCCGAAGAGAAGGCAAAUCACAUCAAACUGCAUCCCUACCACUGCCAGCGCUGCCAUCAGGCCUUCGCCUCCCAGAAUGAAUUUAUGCAACACUUGAGAGCAGUUCAUCCGAAUACACAGCAACUGCAUCAUUGUCUGCUGUGCCUGAAAACAUUUUCUACCGAGCGACAGCAUGCUGAGCACAUGAAAGGGUGGAGUCAUUGUCACAUGGAGAGGGCUCAGCGGCGGACUAUUCACACAUUAUUCCGAAUGUUUACUGGUUCUGACUGCCCUCGUCUAAACCCUCUCACUCCAGAGGAGACACAAUCUUUGGACUGGCUGCCUAGUGACCCUGGUGUAAUACACUUCUACCACCAAGCAACACCUCUUCAACUAGCUACUGAGGAUCGGCCUUUACAUCGUGGCAGCAUGUGUGGUCAAUCCUCUUCCGGAAAAGACCAAACACUCCUCGACUAGUAGUAUUGUGGUAGUAUCAUAUGACUGAAUCUACUUAAAUGUGAUCCAAUCAUUUGAUCUGUUGUUAACCUUAAUGAGUGAUUUACCUUACUGAAGGACCUAUGGGGGAAGCAUAAUAUAAUUCUUUAUUUAUGAUAAAGUAGUAUUGAAAACACCAUUACUUAAAUUCUGUGUUUUAUUUAUGAAGACCAAAGAAAAGAGUAUUGUUGCUCUUUUUUAUAGACAUUUGCUGGGACCAAAUUUUCAGAGAGGUAGCACACAAUUUGCCUUUGGUUGUGUGUUGUUCGUCCAUCUUUAUGUAUUGGAAAACUAUGAUUUUUGUUGGUCUUGAACGACAUUGUUGACGUGUGUGUGUGUGCGUGUGUGUUUGUAAGAAUUCUCUGAACAUAAGCAUAAUCAUUGUAUCUCUAUCAUUCUUGUCAUUUCAUGUUCAAGUUGUUGUUUAGUCAAUAUAUUCCAUUUUAUUUUGUGUUCUGUGUUAUGCCAUAGUAUUUGGUAGUUAUAUUUCUAAUAUGUUUAUGAAAGUGUAGAUAUUUUUAUCUUUGUAUACCUUUGAUUGUUUAUGUGUGCACAAGGUGUUGCAAGAUUAGUCGCACCUUACCAGAUUUAGUCAUUUUCAGUCACUUUAGCAAUUGUUGAUAAUUUCAAAGUUUUACUGAAAGUUUUUUUUAUGAGUUUUUUUUUUCUUUCCCACCAUGUUUACUUGUGAUCUCUUGUUACUAUGGUGAAUGCACCACACCUGGAUGAGAAUGUGAACAUAUAGUCUAUUUUAUUUGUGUUAUAUGUAAUUUUAUCUUAGGUAAAACAAUUUCACACUACAUGGUAAGUCUAGAAAAUUGUUUGAGGGAAAUGACUCAUGUAUUUUACUAAGUUAAUUUCUUAAAAAAAAAAUUGUACUGGAUUGUCCCAUUUUUGAUGGGUCAGAACUAAACUCAACAGGGUAAUAACAAAAAUUGACCAAGUUAUAGAGUAUACAAACACUGAUUGUUGAAGUAGUCAAAGAAAUCUAGAUAAGUCAUCAAAUUUAGAACUUUCUGGUUGUGUCUGACAUUUUGAAAAAAGAGAAAUUCCAUCUGACUUCCUAGGUUUUGGGGAAAGUUCUAGGGGUACCCCCUCUGGAGGUACUCCCUUCAUUAUUUUAAUGUGAAAUUUAAUUGAGGGGGCACCUUUAGUUAGUACAUACGCCAGCUCUAGAAGUCUUUCUGCCUGCAAUACUUUAUUUCUAAUCACAUAGUGUCAGAGUGGUUCCUGUUUCCCAAUUGUAUAAACCAAGACUUCAUUCUUAUGUGACUGACUUCUAUAAAUUAAUUUGGAUGCUUAUCUGACGUCUAUUCAAAGACUUAAAAAUUUUCAGGAGGUUUAACUAUUGUUCCUGUUAUGUUACCCAGUUUUGAUUAUGACAACCAAUGUGAGUAGGUGAACAGCUUAAGUUGAGUUUUCACCAUAGCUUAUAAUACAAAGCUCGAUUUUCAUUAAUAUUUUACCAUAUUUUAGGUAGUUUGUGCUGGGGAGAGUUUGAACUUGAUUUUUAACUAUUGCUAUAAAUAUUUGAAAUACUAAGUAUGACUUUGAUUAUACCUAUUUCAAAUGUUGAUGUCUGCAAUGUGGGACACAUAUAGUUUUUGUUGGUGUUUGGGUAUGGAAUGGGGGAACUUUUUAUAGAUAUUAACUCAGGAUUUUUGCAUAGCAUUCAUGUGAAAUUUAUUGUAAUUUAUGAAAUGUGUGUCAAUGCAUUGUGUUAUUCAUAUUUUGUUAAAACUUGUAUAAAUUCUAUUCUAUGUGCUUUUGUGAUGUGAAUACUGCUGUACACUUCACCCUAAUAUACUUCAAUGAUUGUUAAGUUUGGAAAUUUGUCUUGGUCUAAUGGUGUAACCUGUCACAAAUUACACUUUGUAUUUUUGAAAACAAAGAAAGGAAUGCUGUAGUUACGUGCAUUGUGUAUCGUCUACCAAAUUGUCUUAUUUUUGUGUGUGUGAUGAAUUAUUUUAUAGAAACUUGUGACUUGUUUUCCUUUCUUUGUGUUGUGUUGUUGAGUUCUGGAAGUCUCUAUCUGCUGAUUGGAUUGAAGUAAAUUGUGCAUGUUAUAGCACAAUGGAAUGUGCAUUUUCAAUUAAUGUUAGAGAUUUGAUUCAAUAGAAGAUGAUGGAAAUGUACUCACAAUGAAAUGAAAGAUUUUUUUUUUCUCAGAGUCUGAUAUAUUUAUCUUUUAGGUCCAAACUUAUUCUUUCAAUUACUUAAGGUGUAUCUGACCAAAAGACCCAACAACCCUUAUUUCGCCAUGUAUUUUACAUCAGUGCCUUAUUUCACAUUGGUGAUGUUAUUAAGUGGGACCAAAUUACAGUCUAAAGUGCAUUGAGAGACUUCUAUUCAAAAUGUAGUUCAUCAUGAACAAAUUCUUAUGGUAAAUUAAUUUAUGGCAACAUUGAAUGAUUGCUUACGAAUUGGGUCUUAUGCGGCAAAGGGUUCGUGCAAUCUGAAUUAUUUCAAUUGAUCAUAGGGGCUGUGUGUCAUCGUUUUCUUCGAAUACCCCAUAUAAGACUGUACUCCCCUCUUUAAAAAAAAUUAAAACAUAGACAUUUGUACUUUUUAUAAAUAGUUUUUUUUUUUUUUUUUGACAAUUCUGUUUCUGGAUUUUAAUUUUUUUUAUCGUUGAAGUAUGACUCAAAUGUUAAGUUUUAAAAGAAAAACCCCUUUUUUGUUGUUGUAUCUUACUCUUUCCUGGGGGAGGGAGGAAUUUUAAAGGAAUAGAGGAUGUGACCCAACGGUCAUAGUCAUCAUGGCAACUCUGUAAAGUUACGUAUCUGCUAUAGUAGCCAUACACCAGCAUACAGCACGCUAAGUUAAAGAAAUGUCAUAAUUUUAGUUGUUCUUAAGUAUUUUUAUUAUGAAUUAAAUUCAAGUCAAAUCCCUUAGUUUGAGUUCUAAAUGGUAGGGAAUGCGGAGUUGCCAUUUUGACUUUUGCUGCUGGGUCACAUUGUCUAUUUGGUAAAACUCCUGUUGACACUUGUUUACACUAAAUUAGUUGUGUGGCUUACAAGAGGUGUGACCAAAGAUAGUGGGAUGGUGUGACUAUAAGAAAUAUGUAUAGGAUGAAUUUGCUGUACAGCCUAUCAUGAUAACGUCUAGGUAAAUUGUUACACAUUGUUUGCACUUUUUUUGUCAAUUAUUUAAGUGUGCUGUGAUAAUAAAACAUCAAUGUGUGUAUAUAUUAGUAGUUUCUACAGUAAUUUGUAUGUUUGAACUACUACUAACUGUAUGAAAUUGGUGUGAAAUUUUGUAUUUUCCCAGUGCCUGUGGCAUUUAACUACAACUUCAUAAUCUUCUCUUAAGGCCUUAAGAAAGAGGGAGUAUAUAGGAAUUUUCCCAGAUGACACCAUGAAAUAAUAUACUCCCGUUAAGUAGUUUGGAAAGCUCUUAAACCGCAAACCCUACCCAACAGACUACUUUACUGUAUAUGUAGUGUGUUAGGUAGUGUUUGCUUCUUGAAAUUUUGCCUGAUGUAAAGUAGCAAAAAUUCAUGAGGGUAAUUACGCAAAGAGGGUAUGUUAACUUUUUUUUUUCAAGCAAAAGAUCUAAAU